GGCGGGGGGGGAAGCGAGGCGUGCGCAUGCGCGCCGGGGCCCGCCUCCGCCUCCGCCGCGCCGCCGCCCUCGUGCCUGCGGAGAGGCUGGCGCUGCCGGGCGCGCGCGCCGCCGGGCUGCUGAGCCAGUGCGCGCGGGCAGGCGGGAGCCGGCGAGGAGGGCACCGAGGAGCCGGUGCGGGGCACCACCGCGCGGAGGGGGCGCGACGCGGCGGCUGCCCGCCCCAGCGCCGAGCCGCCGCCGCCGCCCGCCCGCUAGGAGGGAGCGGCGCCGCCGCUCGGCCUCCCCGCCUCCCGCUCCUCCUCCUCCCCCCCCCCACUCCUCCUCCCGCGGUAGCGAGCGAGCGAGAUGGCGGCGGCCGGGGCUCUGGCUAAGCACGAGCAGAUCCUGGUGCUCGAUCCGCCCACCGACCUCAAAUUCAAAGGUCCCUUCACAGAUGUAGUAACUACAAAUCUUAAACUACGAAAUCCAUCAGAUAGAAAAGUAUGCUUCAAAGUGAAGACCACAGCACCUCGUCGAUACUGCGUGAGGCCGAACAGUGGAAUUAUUGAUCCAGGAUCGUCUGUAAUUGUUUCAGUAAUGCUACAGCCUUUCGACUAUGACCCAAAUGAGAAGAGUAAACAUAAGUUCAUGGUACAGACAAUCUAUGCACCACCAAAUAUUUCAGAUAUGGAGGCAGUGUGGAAAGAGGCAAAACCUGAUGAAUUAAUGGACUCCAAGUUGAGAUGUGUGUUUGAAAUGCCCAAUGAAAAUGAUAAACUGAAUGAUAUAGAUACAAGCAAAUCCACCCCAGUACUGAAUACAUCUAAACAGGAUGGACCGAUGCCAAAACCACAUAGUGUUUCACUUAAUGAUACUGAAACAAGGAAGCUAGUGGAGGAGUGCAAAAGACUUCAGACAGAAGUUAUGAAGCUGUCGGAUGAAAAUCGGCACCUGAGAGAUGAAGGCUUGAGGCUCAGAAAGGUAGCACACUCGGAUAAAUCUGGAUCACCCACAGCCUUGGCCCUCAGAGAUAAUGGCUCUAAUUCUCUUCCUUCACUUCUUGUUGUAAUUGCAGCCAUUUUCAUUGGAUUCUUUCUAGGGAAAUUCAUCUUGUAGAAAGAAUGAGUGAGAGAAGCAUGCAAAAUGCAGCUUCUUUUCUUUUCUUUUUUUUCUCCCUUGGCCAGAAAAAGAUUUGUUUACCUACCACUUCAUUGGUAGUAUGGCCCAAGUGACCAUUUUUGUGUACAGCAUCAUAACAGGCUUUGCCUUUAAUGAUCUCGCACGGUUAGAAAACACAAUUUAAAAAGACAAACUGUUCGGCUACUGGACAAAAUUUUACAUUAAAUCAUCAAUAGCAGGUGUCAGUUGCACAUUCAGUCCUUUAUGAAAAUUCAUAAACAAAAAAUUGUUCUUUCUUUCUGUGGUUUUAAUAAGAGUUCAGAAAUUGUUCAGAGUCUUGUAAAUGUUAUUUUAAUAAUCCUUUAAAAUUUUAUCUGUUGCUGUUACCUCUUGGAAAAAUGAUUUAUUAGAUUGCUAAUCCCACUCAUUCAGGAAUAUGACAAGAGGUAUUCUGGGGGAAAUGGUGCCUCUUUCUGUGUAAAUUUUCUCCUUACCUUACUUUGCUAAUAUCAUGGCAGAAUUUCUUUCUUAUCCCUUGUGAGGCAUUGUUGAGAGUUUUUCAUCCUUGCAAUCCUGUCCCAUAAUAUUUAACAUUACAAGAGAAAUAAAAUUGUUAACAGAUUUUCUGCUGGGUAGCCUGUUUGUGUGUGUCGUACUUUUAGAAGGGAUUCCUAACAAGUUCAUUGUUCAUGGUAAUUUGCUACUUGUAACAAAUGCUAUUUUAAAAUUUGUUUGCAUAAGUCUCUGGCUUAGACUGUUGUAAUUGAAGCUUGAAAAAAUUAAUAAGGGUUUCCAUUCUGUUUGUUAAAAAGUGAACUAUUUUCUGGCUGCUUUCAGCUGCAGAGAAGAUAAUUAUCCAGCUUCUUUUGGGACAGAAUAAUUUGGAUAUCCAGCAGGUAUAAAUAGCAGAAAUAAAUGUUUUCAGUAUAUUAACAGUUUGCUUGGAUUGUGCAGGAGUGUAAUAAUCGAUCUUCUCUUCCAUCUUUGGGUCUUUUGGGUGUCUUCUAGGCGUCAACAUUAUCCUUUGAUUUCGUAAGAGUACUUAAUUCAAGAAUGCUAACUUACUCAGUUUGUAAUUCCAUUUUAGCAGAUAUCCAGAAACACAAUUUGAAUGAUUCAGACACCCAUACUGAAUUCCAUGAUGCAGAAGAGUUGAUAUUUACUGAGUGAGCCUUAGUUGCUCACCUUUGGAAAAGGAAAGUAAUUUUUGUGCAACUUCUGGCAGAUCUACCUACGUUAACCAUGUAUAUCUAAGUUUUAAAGAAUGCAUUUUUGGGUCUGAAAUGCUUCCCUGCACUUAAUCUUGUGUCUUGCCUCAUCUCUGAAUAUGUCAUAGAAAACAACAGUAAUAUUGGAACAAAAUAUUAUUUGUGCUUCUGACUAAGCAUAAUCCAAUACAGGGAAUUACUUGUAAACUGAAAAAUUACAGAAGAGAUGUACUCCUGUAAGCAAAAUUGUGUAUACUCUUGGAAAGCCUGACUUGAUGUGGUGCAGCUAAGUGUGUUAGACCUUGGUAUAUGCACACAUUAUGUAGCUGAGAAAAAUGUUCUAGAGAAGAGUUGCAUUAUUUUGGUUGCCUUUGAUUUCUAGUGCUUUUUUUUAAAAAAAGAAAAAAAAAACUAUGAUCACAUUAUGUACUGUCAUUGCUGUCUGUGAUAUUUUUAUAAAAUCUUGCAUAUAUGCAAGGCAAAUGAUGAAGAAAAUACAAAUACUGCUUAUCUUUUCAGUUAAGCAUGCAAAUACAGAUGUUUCCAGUUAUAUAUUCUGUCUGCCUUCAAGUCUCCUUUCACUCCAGUGACUGGAAGAACUGUGCUAAGGUCUUGAUUAUUUUGAUUCCGCUGGUUCAUAGUGGUGUAAUUCUCCAAUUUUAUCUCUAACAGAACAUUGACACAUCAGACUUCAUAGCCUGUUCCAAACUGAUUGCAUGGAAAAUGAUGAGGGCAACAGUGUGCAGCUUCAGACAGGGCAGUCAUCCCUACCUUGAAGGGAGGAAAUAAGCAACUGGGAAGAUAUUAGAGUGUACAGAGGUUUUCAAGGGUAGCUAGCACUUUCAGGACUUGCAAGCAGGAAAAAGGAGUCAUUUAUCAAUGCAGCCAACUCAGGUUUGCUGUCUGGCAGCAGUACUGUGAAGGGCCACCAGUAAUAAAGUAAAAAAUAAUGAUAAAAUCAAAACUUUUUUUAAUAAAUACAAAACAGGUGGUGGUAAAACUUGGUCAUGGUUGGUGUAAUGUCUUCAAAGUGAAAGUGUGCAGAGUACUUAUUAAUGGUAUAAGGAGACUGUGUUGGUUUCCAGUAAUGCCUUCAUUAGCUGUAUAUAAAAUGUAAUGCUAAAACUAUUUUGCUCUCAGGAGUGACUUUGGAUGAGAUCAGCUGUAUUCAGUGAAUUAUGUAAUAUGGAUUAAAUUGUUUGUCUCUGUUCCUGAAA